UUGUCUUCAGAAAAACAGUAAAAGUCGGUCCUGACAGAAAUAGUCAAGUACAACCAUAAAAAUAUUUAAUAAUAUUUACAGUAUUUAUACCAGGCAUAUACAGAUAUACAUAUACAACAUGUAUAGCGUUUGAGCCACAGGUGGCGGUAAUGUCUCCUCGAAUGUUUUCCCUUCGGUCAAAAUAGAUCAGAAGAAGAAAUAGACCCGUAGCUCUUCUAAUCUGAAGUCUCCUACGACGAAUGUUGACGUGUCGUAAAGAGUUUGCCAGUGAACGGUAGUGAAUAUCUGAUUAUCAGUGUUUAUCGUAUCGCCUCAUCAUGGCGGCCGACUGGGAGGAAAUUCGACGACUUGCAGCUGAUUUCCAGAGGGCACAGUUUGCCGAUACUGUGCAAAGGUUAUCAGAGAGGGAUUGUGUGGAAAUUAUUGCCAGACUCAUUCAAGACAAGAAACUGGAUGUGGUGCACACCCUUGAUGGAAAGGAGUACAUCACUCCUGCACAGAUCACCCGAGAAAUCCGGGAUGAACUUUACGUUCAUGGAGGACGAGUCAACAUUGUGGAACUCCAGCAGAUUAUCAAUGUGGAUUGGCUCCAUGUUGAAACGAGAGCAAGCGAUAUUGCAAAAACGGAUAAAAGUGUUCAGCUCGUCCUGGGACAACUUAUUGAUGACAACUACCUGAACCAUUUAGCAGAGGAAGUCAAUGACAGACUGCAAGAAGCUGGGCUGAUCAGAAUCGCAGAUCUUUGUAAAAGCUAUGAUCUUCCUGGAGACUUCCUAACCGAGGAGCUGUCAAAGCGUCUUGGGAGAGUGAUCCAGGGAGAAUUGGAUCAGUACAACCGAGGAAUCAUAUUUACUCCUGCCUUUGUUGCUCGCCACACAGCCAAAAUAAGAGGGAUAUUCAGUGCCAUCACGCGGCCAACACCCGUGACUGGCAUGAUUGGUACAUUUGGCCUGCAAGGGCAUUUACUACAUUCUGUUCUCAUAGAGCUGGUGAACACCGGACGCCUAAAAGGAUCAAUUGUCGGAGGGAGACGGGACACAGCUGUGUACAUCCCGGAUAUCUACUCCAAAACACAAAACACUUGGGUGGAUUCUUUCCUCAAGCAGAAUGGAUAUUUAGAAUUUGAUGCACUGACCAGGCUGGGCAUCCCAGACCCCAACAGCUACAUCAAGAAGCGCUUCAAGUCCAAUAAGCUUCUUUUCCUGCGAGCCGCCUGUGUGAGCCAGGAACUAGUUGACCAGGUAGAAGCCUCGAUAGAAGAAGCCGUCAACUCCGGCAUGUGGACUGAUAUACAGCCAAUUUUACCAAGUUGCCUGUCAACGGAGGACAUCGGGAUGUUGAUCAACCAGACCAUGAGGAACAUGAACGUACAAUCCACUGCUAGACUACUGGGAGACACCAUGGUGGUCACUGAAAAAUAUAUCAGCGGAUGCCUCUCGCUGUUUGAUGAUUCCAUACAUCAGAAGGCUCAGAAGGAAGUGAAGAGCAACCCAGUGUUGCUUAUCACUGAAGAGGAUCUGAAGCAAGCGUAUGCGGUUCCAGAAAAUGCCGGGCUGUCGAAAAAAGAAAAGAAGGAAGCAGAACGCAGGAAAAAAACAACAGAGGGCAGUGGCUCUGUGAAAGCAGGUGGAGGAGGCAAUGCCAGAGAGAUCCGAACUCGUAAAACGAAGAAGAAAGGGAGGAAAGAUGACGACAGCGAUGAGGAAACCAGACCUGAGAAAAAUCUUGGUAAAAAGCAACAAGCCUCAUUCAUGAUCCAGGAAGAAAUCCAAUCUGUAUUGGAAGAGCGACUCGCUGACUGUCCACAAGACAUCUGCUCUGAGCUGGCAGAGCUUUUAGUGCGGCCUUUGAACAAAGCCUACCAGGAAGCCCUGCAGACUUUGCUUUUGUCCAGCUCCUCUUUAGUCUCGGGGGCCAACAAAAAGUCUGUAAAGGAUAUGCAGCAGGAGAUAACUAACCUGUACAACAACAUCCGGCUGUUUGAAAAGGGCACACUGUUCUUCUCAGAAGAAUCCCAGGUCCCCAUUGUCAAGCACAUCUUGAAGAGCGUCUGUACAGAUGUUACCAAUAUUCUGGUCAACUUCCUCGCCGCUGACCUGAUGAUGUCUGUUGAGAAUCCCGCCACCAUAACCAAUGAGGUAAGAGUCAAGAUCUUGGGCAAACUGCCGGAUGAGCUCAAAGUACCCCUGAUGAAGCUGCACAACUGUCUCAAUGGCAAAUCAAUGGAGGAGUUUGUGAAACAGCUGGAGAGUUCUGCUGAAGUAUGUGGCUUUAUGCUGAAGAAGGCAGACAAGAAAAAAGAAAAACAAGCCCUACUGUUGCAUCGCCAGACUCUGACCGAGCAGUUGAAGGAGACGGAGGACCCCGCUCUGGUCCUCCAUCUCACCAGUGUGCUGCUGUUUCAGGACAGUACUCACUGCAUCCUACACGCUCCUGGACGCUGCGUACCUCAAAUCAUAGGAACCCUCACAGGCCGGAUACCCAUGGAGAAGCAUCAGCUGCUGAGCGUCUAUCAGAGCCUGGUGGUGAAACAGUUGACCAGCCAGAGUCAAGGAAGGAAGCAGGAAGUGAAGGACGAGGCAGAGGAGCCGGAUGAGGAGACCCAAAGGAUCUUAACACAGUUCAAGCUUUUGACACCUCAACUCAAGGAGCUCGUUCUAUCCCAGAAGAAGACAUCCACGAGUGAGGAGUGACCCUUUUCACAUGAAAUAUGAUCUCCACAAAUGAUCAAACCAUUACUUGCACAAUAGGAACAACCAUGACUCAAAAUAAUCCAAUCACGCAAGUUAUUUACAGGCAUACCCUUUAUUAUGGUUAAAAAUAAAAGGUAUGCUUCUACAGUCCUCUCUGGAGUGGAGAUAAAUCUGCCAUCAGAUUGCUUGUCUUAUCUUCAACAACACAGAAAUCAAAAAUAAAUUGAAAACAAC